GUGAAUUAGACGCGUUCUUACGCGUUCUUACGUGUGCGCUAGCCACCUAGCUCGACCCGCAUGCACUUCCAUCUUUUGCUCGCGCUCAAAAGCACGGCGCGCGUCGCACUCGGGAGCAAUGAGCUAGGCAGGUCCGGAUUUGCCGCAGAUCCGACGUGCCUCCAGUUCCAUUCCAAAUAAUCAUCUGCUUCGGUCGUUUCCUAUGGCCAAAUUGUUGCCGGUGUCUGCAUCAAUCGGGCUGCGUGAAAAGCCGCGAGCUGCUGCAAGACAAUCUCCGCUCAGGAGACAAGGAUUGAAUACACAACUAUAUUUCAGGGAACACCAGGGGCAACCCGCAGACGCGAAGAGCGGCAAGAAGACUUGGAAGCCCUUGAGCGUAGUCACUCCUCGGUCUUAAGUUUCGGACCCUUCACAAUCAUCACAUUUUUUUAGAUUGAUCAAGUAUAAAGCCAAGGUGUCCUCCAAAUCAUCUCUCACCCACUUCCAGCGCUGCGCCAGGCGGUUGCUUUCGUCGUCGUCGGUCCCCGUCCCCGGUAUGCCUUCUCUUCGCCGCUCCCUUUCUUCGCCUGUGGUUCGCAGCACCCCGUACUCUUCCUCUGGGACGCGCUCCCAGGGCAGCGGUGGUCAUCGUCGUUCCUCGGGCUCAGAAACCAACAUCAGACGGGUUCUCGCUGAUUUGGACUGGUGGAGCGUCACUCAAGGUCAAACGGAGCCUAUGCUCCCUGAGCAAGAGCAGGAGGAGGAGGAAGACGCCGACGGCUCCGAACAAGACAACAUCCCGGCCGUCACCCCGGCCGGCGUUGAUCUUGGUGUUGAGCAUCUGGACACGCAUGAUCUGUGGAUCUCUUUUGGGUUGGGUUCGUCGGAAGCGCCAGUCGCGGAGAUGGCUGCGCUCGCUAUCGCGCCAACAACCCCUCGGCGGCAUGCGCUCGAGUCUUCGACGUCUUCCCUCGAGUCGACACCCGACAGUUCGGACGCUCAGAUAGAGCAGCCGUUCCUAGACGCGUUUGGACUGACUUCGCCCGACGCGCUGGCCCCACCGUCGCCAACCCUGGGGCGCGCGCGUCCUGCAUUGCUCGCGAACCUACGCACGCUAUCUCUGGUUGAUCUGGCCACCUCGUGCGAGCGCUACGCCGACUUUGCGUUGUCGCCGCUCUCGUCAUCCGCGUUCCUUUCGGACUGAUCGGUGCACCUUCCACACAACUCUGUCAGAAAUUCUGGCAGCAUCCACGAGCCUAAAACGCGUCUUCGAAAAUGUAUGCCUUCACGCCAGCCGUCAUUCCCCUUCACGAAUAUCCAUUUGCAUUCACACCAUUCCUACACUCUAUUUCUUGCAUACACAUCUCGC